CCAUUCUCUCUCCACAGCAUUCACAUUCUUCUUCCCCUCUCUCUCUCUAAAAUUCUGCAACAACUCUCUCUCUAAAAUUCUGCAACAACUCUCUCUCUACCUCUCUUCCUCUAUUCCAAUGCCAACCACAACAAAAACCUGUAAUUGCUCAAUCCAAAACCCUCUCCUUGCUUGAGCACACCGGAAAUCCAACCAAUUUUUGGAGAAACAAUGUCUUCCGGAUUUCCCGGCGGCGGACGGGAUUUCUUCACCGGCGCCGGGGGAAUGAACGGUAGCUACACCACCAAUCAACAACAGCAGUUUCCGUUCCGAUCGCCGCUCUCUGGAAUCCUUCCCGAUCCUGCUUCUCAGAUCCGGCGGCCGGAUUUGAUCAGAAAGCGAUCGCUAGCAGAAUUUCAGCAGCAGAGCCAGCAAGGUUUGGAGUUCUAUCUACGGAACGUGAAGAUGAGGCCAAAUUUUCAUCAUGCAAAUCCUCUUUCCACUAUCUCUCCGGUCGAUUUCCCUACGGUUCCGUCCAGUUUGCCGUAUUCGCGGUACGGACUGCCGGUUCUUCACCGGCAACGCCUGCAGCCUUUGAGUAUUUUUAACAGAAACAGUGGAAAUGUUAUUUUCUCGGCCGCGGCGGAGGUUUCCGGUCAGGAUACGGAGAAGAAGAUGAUGAAUCAUCGGCUGCAGGAGCUGGAGAAGGAGCUUUUAGGAGACGAAGACGACGGAGAUGGAGAUGGAGACGGAGAUGAGGUCUCCGUCGUCACCCACAGCGAGUGGUCAGACACGAUCCAGAACCUAAUCGGCGUUAACAAAGCCCCAAUUUCACCAUCUCCGACUUCCUCCUCCUCCUCGUGCUCCUCCACGUCAGCAUCUCCUCCGAAUCCUAGCACCAAACAGUCUCUAAUCGACGCCGCCGCAGCGAUCUCGGAAGGAAAUCCGGCCGCCGCAGGCGAAAUCAUCACGCGCCUCCAGCAAUUGUCCAGCCCUAGGGGCAGCUCGGAGCAGCGCCUCACCGCUUUCAUGGUCUCCGCUCUCAAAUCGCGCCUCAGCACCACCGAUCAUCCUUACUCCGCAUCGGAGCUCUACAGCAAGGAGCACAAACUCUCCACGCAAAUGCUGUAUGAGGUCUCGCCGUGCUUCAAGCUCUCUUUCAUGGCCGCAAAUCUCGCAAUCCUCAACGCCGCCUCAGAGCAGGGCUUCGACAAGAUCCACGUCGUCGAUUUCGAGAUCGGAGAGGGCGGACAGUACAUGCAUUUCCUCCACGCGCUCGCCGGAACCAAACGCGCCGCCGCGUUAAAAAUCACCGCCUUCGACGAUGAUAACGAGAAGGUGAAGAUCGUCGGGGAGAGGCUGAGCACAUUAGCGGAGAAAAUCGGCGUGGAAUUCGAUUUCUCAGUGAGGAAACUGAUCCCCGCGGAAUUGAGCCGCGAGAAUUUGGGGUUAAAAUCAGACGAAGCCCUAGCCGUGAAUUUGGCGUUCAAGCUCCACAGCCUCCCCGACGAGAGCGUGACGACGGAGAAUCUCCGGGACGAGCUCCUCCGUCUGGUGAAGGGGCUGUCCCCGGCGGUGGCGACGGUGGUGGAGCAGGAGAUGAACGGCAACACGGCGCCGCUGGCGGUGCGGGUGAGGGAGUCGUGCGAGCACUACGGCGCGGUGCUGGAAUCGCUAGAGGCGACGGUGGCGCGGGGGAACCCGGACAGGGCUCGGAUCGAGGAGGCGGUGGGGAGGAAGAUCGGGAACGCGGUGGCGUGCGAGGGGAGGGAGAGGGUGGAGAGGUGCGAGGUGCUGGGGAAGUGGAGGGCCAGGAUGGGGAUGGCCGGCUUCGAGGCCGUCGCGAUGGGUCGACCCGUGGCGGACUCGCUGAGGGGGAAGCUCAACUCGGGGACACGUGGCAACCCGGGGUUUACUGUGACGGAGCAAGCCGGCGGUAUCGGCUUUGGCUGGAUGGGACGGACGAUCACCGUCGCUUCUGCGUGGCGUUGAUUUUGUUUUUUUCUUUUUUCUUUUUUCUUUUUUUCCUUUUAUUCUGUUUACGUAAUUAAUAAACCACCUCGUUGUUAGUUUUACUCAUGGUUUUUUCUCUUUAAUAUAUUGGAUUUUAAUGGAUAACUUUUUUAAUA